AUGGCUCGAGCAGCUAUCAUUCCAAAGUCAUCCCCAAAACGGACCACCCGUGGCCGUCCCCCAGCCAGCACCGUUAAAGCCGCAGGUGUCACCGCAGCAAGCAAACCGGUCGCGAGGACUGCAAGGACAAAGACAGGAACUUCUGCAACAGAAACCAGAAAAAGAACUACGAGAACUGCAACGGCGACAAGUGUGAGCAGUAAACAGCCGGACUCUGACACGGAGGAGGCUACGGACGACGAACUGGGAGUCAUAGAUACGAAAGAGAAAGCGAAACUAGGCAGACCCAAAGGGAAGAGCUCAACUUCUUCUACAAGCGCUACAGGUCGGGGGAGAAGACCCGCGACUCCUGCAGCUGCGGAGUGUGAGAGCGACAACGAUGAGGACGAGCUGGCGCAGACCGAUGCCCCCAAGAAGCGACCUGGACGACCAAGGACAAAGCCGCUGCCAAAGGAGGACGAAGUAAAACCCGAGACAGCACCUAGACCGAGAGGCCGACCGAGGGCAACUGCCGCGACAAAGCCUGCUGCCACUACAGCUGCCGAUAAAAACAGUACAAAGAAGAAGACUCGAGCACAGACGGGCGCGGCCGAAGCAUCGAGGAGCGGUUCCAAACAUGCAGUCAUCACGACGAACUCCACGGCCAUGAGGUCAAACCUGCUCCGUGGACCAGCUAAGAAGAAAACCGUCACAUUCAAGGAUGUGUCCGAUUCCGAAGACGAGGAUGCCAUCGAACCCGCUCCUGCUACGACUGGAAGACGACGAGCAGCAACUACAGCAUCAGGCAAGGUUGGUCUGGGAGCCAAACCAGUUCGCAAGCCUGCUACAACUACUGUCCGGGGUCGCAAACCUGCGGUUUCCAAGAAGGAAGCCAAUAAGCCUCUCUCACCCAAGAAAGCCAACCAAGUUGCCAAAUCGAUUUCCUCAUAUGUCAGCUCAGACGGAGAGGAUGAUGAACUCAGCAGCGUCAAGGACCAAAUAAAGCUCGUCAUAAAUUCGCCCCUCAAACAAGGAUCAGAAACUACUGGGUUGAGCUCUCCUGUGCGAAAAAUCAACUUCACCCCAAGAAAAUUCAACCAGUCGGUGGACGAAAAUGGCGAGCCCACCCUUCAACCUACGAAGGCUAUCGACUUUAGUGACUCGCUCUUUAUGUCCAGUCCUGCCCGGCGACCCACCCCUUCUCCCUUCCACUACACCGUCAAGGAGACACCGAGACGAGCUCGCUUGUCCUUUAGAGGUAACGAGAAAUCGAUUGCCCAGCCGAGCUUGACGCCAACUCAAAAUUCACCACUCAAAGCGUCUCCAAAGAAGGCCCACUUGGAGACACCCAGACACGGAGGCUUGGGUCUCCGCGAGGAAAUCAUGCCAUUAUCACAGCCGAAUUUCACCCCAGGACACAAUUCACCCCUCAAAUCGUCCCCUAAGAAAGGCAUCUUUGGUGUAUCUUUCACACAGGCUCCCUUGCAGGAAUCAUCGACGCCGUUCAAGUCCCGGUCGCUGUUGCUCCAAAGCCCUGCAAAGAGAAUUGCUUCUCCGUUCAAAAACUCUCUCUUCUCGAGUGUCCGUUCAAUGCCAGAAUUGCAUCAAAAUGAAAGCAGGAGGGAUCAUGUUACCGCUGCCGACGAGGCCAAUGAUGCGGACGAUGUUGAACAUGUUGAAUCGUCUCUCAGGACUCCUGAACCUGAAGGGCGGAUUGAAGUCGAUUAUGGUGACGAAGGAAUGGAUCAAGACGACGAGAUGGAACAAGAAUCGUCCGAGGAGCAUCAUGUCGUGGUAUCUCCAGCGCACUGUGUUGAUUCUCAUAACAUGAAUGACGACCAGCAAACAGAAUCAAUAGCUCCAGAUGAUGUCGAGAACACUCGAGAACAGCUGUCCGAUCAUGAUGAUGUCGUCGACAAGUGGGCCGGUGACUCACUUGACGAUCAUGUAGAAGAUGCUCGUCGGGAGAGUGCCGAGAAUCUUCGAGCUUACGAGUUGGUCGACGAAGAUCCUGAAGUCGAUUGCGAAGAGCCUGGCGAUGUAGCUUUUGACGCAGAAGCUGCGGAGUAUCACGCCGAGAGCCUUGCCGAGGAGGAACCUCGAGUGCUAGACGACAACCACAGUGAAGAGGGUUCUGAGAUUGAUGAGAACGAUGGUCAUCCGGCGGAGGAAAGCACAGUCGGCCAUGCCGCCUCUGUUAGCAACAUGGAUACCCACGCCGAGCAAAUCGGCCUUGCGUCUGAUUAUGAUGAAGCAGAGGAUCCGGACGCAACCGAGUCAGAACCAGAGGAAGAGCACAUGAUUCAGGACGCAUACGGCCGAGAGGUUCAAGCUAUGACAGAGGAGUCAAGCCUGCCCUUUCAGCGACACUCGCUUGGGGGGCUUGAAGAUGUUUUCACUGAUGCCGCGGUCGCUGAUGAAGGCGUCGACGGUGAAUCGGACACUGACCCCGUCGCGGAGACUAUGGCAAGUGCCGCACUUAAAGGCGACGUUCAACCUGAUGAGCUCCACGAUGAGUAUGUUGAUUUCCACGAUAGCGAAUUCUUUGAUGAUAACGAGGCGACACUCGUUGCAUUUUAUACCACGGACCACUAUAUCUAUGACGUCCAGCCUGAUGCACAACCGAAUGCACAAUCAGACCCUCAGCUAGAUGCUCAGCAGGGACUGGAACGAGUAAAUAGCCCCAUUCAUGGCCAGGAUCGUUCCCUUCUAUCACAAGUCUCGACAACUCAUGAUGCUAUUGCCUACCAUGGUAAUAUGGAUUACCAGGAAGAAGAGGAUGUGUCUGAGUCCGAGUUCACCACGGAUAUUCAAAGUUAUUCAUUCGAGCAUAAUGACCGGCCCGAAUCAUCUACCUCCGCGGCAGUUUCCAAUCACUAUCCGGAAAGCGGAUCUCUGAUGCAGCAAAAGCGUCCUCGGUUCACGCUUUUGGCAGAGCAGCUCAGCCAAUGGAAAGCUAGCAGCCCCGAGAAGGCCCAGCCAAAACGCCCCGGGCGAGGUGUGUUCUCCAUCGGAGGACUUAGAAGGUCUUCUCGUCGUGGGUCUCGUAUUGCUCAAGAAGUGGCCUACCCUGACAUCGAGGAUCGUCUUGUAUCCCCUUGGAAUCAAGCUUCGGAUCAUCCUCGCGACAGCGAGAUCUACGCUGGUGUUCCAGAAAUCUACGAGGACCAGGAUGACCAAGAAUUGGACGAGUCUCAUGCUGAUGCUGUGGCGACAUCAUCUCCCCAGAGAGAGCCUAUGACCGAGUUGUUCAGCGAGCCGCAACCCGAGUUCGCUGAGCCGACUGCGUACGAAGAGUUCCUGAACCGUCAGCCUGCGCAUGCUUCUGAUCUCGCCAAGAGCCCAGUUGUGUUGCCCAGCUCUCUGAAUGAAGACAAUGCGGAGGAGAACAAGGAGAACAAAAUAGUGGAAUUGCCUGCUCCUGUCACACCCAUCAAGCAGAAAAAUAUCCCUCUACAAACCUUCCAUACGGUAUCCAAAGUACCUCUGAAGCCGGAAGGUCAAGUUUCACCCUUGAAACUGUCCCGCAAAAGAGGUCGAUCGCUUUCAAUCACUUCACCUGUCCGCUCUUCUCCCCGACUCCGAAAGCCUGUCUUUGCUCCCCAGGAGCAGAGUACGGCACAAACCUCUCCUCGCAAGAUGCCCAAACUCCAACAUAACGAAACUCCUAGAUCUCAAAAAGGUGACUCCAGGCGAAAGAGCGUUAGCAGCCAGUCGCGCAGGCGUUCCGUGGCGCCUUCAGCAUCUCCCAGCCCCUCAAAGACUCCUCGCAGAAACAUCGCUGCAUGUGAAAAUGUUCUUGGAGGAGCGGUUGUAUAUGUGGAUGUCCAUACGACUGAGGGAGAAGAUGCCAGCGGUAUAUUCAUUGAACUUCUGCAGCAGAUGGGAGCUCGAUGCGUCAAGAGUUGGGGAUGGAAUCCUCGUGCAAGCAUGUCGUCAGCCGAUAUGACAAACCGCAGAGACAGCAAGGUGGGAAUUACCCACGUUGUGUUCAAGGAUGGAGGAGUGAGAACCCUGGAAAAGGUCAGACAAGCGGCUGGCCUCGUCAAGUGUGUCGGUGUCGGCUGGGUUCUUGAUUGCGAGCGAGAGAACAAAUGGCUUGAUGAAACCCACUACGCAGUCGAUAGCUCCAUCAUCCCCCGUGGUGGUGCCAAACGCAGAAAGAGCAUGGAACCUCGGGCCUUGAGCAACGUCAACGGAACUCUGAUCAAAGCGGACAACACCGCGUCAGCAUCUGCAUCCGGCAGACGCUCUGGGGCCGACUUUAACACCAUGGAUGAUUUCAUGAGACAGACCCCUCCACUUUCGCAGGGAGAGCCUUCGACUCCGGAGAGCAACAGAAAGUACACCGUAACCCAUACCGAGGCUGAUCAGCGAUAUUGCCAAACACCAAAGUCCCCAGACACAUCUGGAUACGAUUUCAGCAGGAUGGACAACAUCGGAAUGUCCCCUGCCACUCCAUUCUAUCUUUCUCAAAGAUCCAGGCUCGUCCAACAGACGUGCCCGCCAAAGCAAAUUCGACAGGGUCUCUUUUCAACUUCGUCAUCGGUCGAUGAUGAGCCUACUCAAAAACUACGAUUCAAGCUGGAAGCUGCGAGACGAAAGAGUCUUGCUUUUAAGCCCAAGGUUGGCAGCCCACUGAUCAAUUGA